UUGGGGAGCUGACGCGGUUGCCAGCUGUUGGCCUGGAGAAGAGCCUAGGGUAGAAGUCUUAGGGGGAUCACUUGCGGAAUGCUGACCUCACCCUUCGGUGAUUUUACCGCGGAGAUAGGUGGCUGCAUCAGAAUCAGAAUCUGCCCGAGGCCGCUUGUUUUUGUGUGGUAACAGGUUGCAGGUUAACGGGAGCCGGAGCAAAGCAAAUCCAAGGGAGCUACUUCAGAGAUGUGUCAGAGAAAGGUGGAAAUGAAACAGUGGUGAAUGAGCAGGGAAGGAAGACAGCAAAAGGACAAAACGGUCAACAGGAAGGGCACACAACCACUGAUCAGAAUUGUGUCUACCAAGAGGAUGAUUUAUGGAUUCUGGAGAAAAUAUAAGUUAAAUAUAUCUACAUUCUGAUCGGCUCUCGAGAGACAUUUCCCUCACUUUCUGGUCUUGAAUGAUGGUCUCUUGGAAGCAUUGUCUUUUUACCGUGUCUCUUAUCACUGCCCUGAUUUUUGUCUUUGUUUACAAUAACGAGUUAUGGGAGGAGAAGCAUUUUCUGAAGGCAUCUCUGUCCAAUGCUUCACUGUUAGCAGAAGUCUGUCAUCGGAUUUUUAAGGGGAAGGUUUUUUACCCAAGAGAGAAUGCAUUGAAAACCACCCUCAGUGAAUCUACCUGUUACGAGUACAUGGCUCAAAGUCACUACAUAACAGAAACACUAUCGGAAGAAGAAGCGGGGUUCCCUUUGGCGUACACGGUGACCAUCCACAAAGACUUUGGCACUUUUGAGAGACUCUUUAGGGCAAUUUACAUGCCCCAAAAUGUCUACUGUGUUCACGUGGAUGAGAAGGCGACAGAUACAUUUAAAGAUGCAGUGAAGCAAUUACUGAGCUGCUUCCCAAAUGCUUUCCUGGCUUCCAAGAUGGAGCCAGUUGUCUAUGGGGGGAUCUCCAGGCUCCAGGCUGACCUGAACUGCAUCAAAGACCUCGCGGCGUCCGACGUGCCCUGGAAGUACGCCAUCAACAUGUGUGGACAAGACUUUCCCCUGAAAACCAACAAGGAGAUAAUUCGGUAUCUGAAAAGCUUUAAAGGGAAAAAUAUUACCCCAGGGAUUCUACCCCCCAGUCACGCUAUUGGACGGACUAAAUUCAUCCACCAGGAGCUAUUAAGCAAAAAAAAUUCCUACGUGCUUAAAACAACAAAAUUGAAAACUCCACCUCCUCACAACAUGACCAUUUACUUUGGCACUGCCUAUGUGGCCCUCACAAGGGAAUUUGCCAACUUUGUCCUCCAAGACCAGCAUGCACUUGACUUGCUUUCCUGGUCCAAGGACACUUACAGCCCUGAUGAACAUUUCUGGGUGACCCUCAAUAGGAUCCCAGAAAUGCAAUCAGAGGUGCCAGUCUCUUGAGAGAAGCAACUACAGGAGUCAGGCAAGAACAGAUCUGAAUCAUGGUCCUGG